UCCCCUUCUUCCCCCAACACUCCCUUCACUUCCUCUGUUUCUUCCUCCUCCUCCCUCAACAAUGGCCGACCUCCCCAACUUCCUCUCCUCCGUCCGCCUCAAGUACGUCAAACUCGGCUACCACUACCUCAUCUCCAAUGCCAUGUACCUCCUCCUCCUCCCUCUCCUCGCCGCCGCCUCUGCCCAUCUCUCCACCUUCCAAUUCCACCACUUCCUCCACCUCUGGAACCAAUUGAAAUUCAACCUCCUCUCUGUUACACUCUGUUCUUCCCUCAUCGUUUUCUUCUCUACCCUUUACGUAAUGACCCGACCCAGAAAGAUUUAUCUCAUGAAUUUCUCCUGCUAUAAGCCGGAGAAGGCUAGAAUGUGUGACAGAGCUGCGUUUCUUGGCAAAUCCGAGAUGACUGGCAGCUUUACAGAGGACAAUUUGGCUUUUCAGAAGAAGAUUCUUGAGAGGUCUGGUUUGGGAGAGAAGACUUACUUGCCGGAGGCGGUGAUGAGAGUCCCGCCUAAUCCGUGUAUGGCGGAGGCUAGAAAAGAGGCGGAGGCUGUCAUGUUUGGCGCCAUUGAUGAGCUUUUGGGGAAGACAGGUGUUAAGGCUAAGGACAUUGGGAUUUUGGUGGUUAAUUGCAGCUUGUUUAAUCCCACGCCGUCCUUGUCGGCUAUGAUUGUGAAUCAUUAUAAGCUUAGAGGCAAUGUUUUGAGCUAUAAUCUUGGUGGGAUGGGUUGUAGUGCUGGGCUUAUCUCCAUUGAUCUUGCUAAACAGCUCUUGCAAGUUCACCCAAAUUCAUACGCCUUAGUGGUUAGCAUGGAGAACAUCACGCUUAAUUGGUACUUCGGAAACGACCGAUCAAUGCUCGUUUCGAAUUGCCUCUUCCGUAUGGGCGGCGCCGCCAUCCUCCUCUCAAACCGCCCUUCAGACCGCCGUCGCUCCAAGUACCAACUCAUCCACACCGUCCGAACCCACAAAGGCUCCGAUGACAAAUGCUAUAACUGCGUCUUCCAACAAGAAGACGACACUGGCCGUGUCGGCGUCCGCCUCUCCAAAGACCUAAUGGCGGUUGCCGGCGAAGCCCUGAAGACCAACAUCACUACUCUUGGUCCACUCGUCCUCCCAAUGUCGGAGCAGCUUCUCUUCUUUGCGACUCUCGUCGCCAAAAAGAUUCUCAAAAUGAAACGAAUUAAGCCGUACAUACCUGAUUUUAAGCUCGCGUUCGAACAUUUCUGCAUCCAUUCCGGCGGCCGCGCGGUGCUGGAUGAACUGGAGAAGAAUCUGGAUCUGAGCGAGUGGCACAUGGAGCCGUCGAGAAUGACUCUAAAUAGAUUCGGGAACACGUCGAGUAGUUCUUUGUGGUACGAAUUGGCUUACAGUGAGGCGAAAGGGCGGAUCCGGAAAGGGGAUCGGACAUGGCAGAUUGCGUUCGGGUCGGGUUUCAAGUGUAACAGUGCAGUAUGGCGGGCGUUGAGGACCGUCGAUCCGGCGAAGGAGAAGAAUCCAUGGAUGGAUGAGAUUGAUGGGUUCCCUGUUGAGGUUCCCAGAGUAGCCGCCAUUAAUAGAGCUUGAAGAAGAAGAAGAAUUCUUUUGAGAUUCAUUAGGGUUUUAACUCCAAAUUUGUUUGGGUCCUUUUUUUAUUUUUUUUUAAAUAAUGUUUUCUUUUAAGUUGUUUGUUUAUUUUGUGUGUCACACAGCAUAUUGUUCAUAUUGGAUGCUAAUUAAUUAUUGUUUUUUUAAGGUGUAAUAUUCAUUUAUACUACCCAAUUAAUGGACCCAUUAUUUUACUUC